CUAUACAUAUGUUGUCUGUAAACACAUGUUAUGUAAUAAUAAUAUGUAUUAAAAGCCAAUGAUUUUCCAAUAAAUUGUUUUAUAGUUUAGUCGGCAAACCAUUUAUUAGCCGAAGUGAUGGCCAGUUUGUUACCCGAAACAGACAGUGAGGACGAACUUCCAAACGGAUGGGAACAGAGGAUCACUUUAGAUGGAAAAGUCUAUUUUGCAAACCAUCAACUGAAGGCAACCCAAUGGACACAUCCAUUGACCGGCAAAAGAAAGCGCGUGACCGGAGAGUUGCCGUUUGGUUGGAGUCGGCAAAUACUUGAAGACGGAACUGUUAUCUAUAUGGAUCAUACGACCAAAAAGACGACUUAUACCGAUCCACGAUUGGCUUUUGCUGUCGAAGAUACAGAUAGUGAUGGAGAUUAUAAACAACGAUUUGAUGCGUCCACUACCGCUGAUCAGGUUCUACACGGACGUGAUCUCACCGGUAAAGUGGUUUUAAUAACCGGUGCCAAUACUGGCAUUGGAUUGGAAACAGCCCGCAGUAUGGCCUCACACGGGGCACACAUCAUAAUGGCCUGUCGUAGUGUCGAUAAAGCAAAUGAAGCCAUUAUUGAGAUUAAGAGAAAUACUCCGAAAGCAAAGCUCAAUGCAUUUGAGUGCGAUCUACAAAGUCUUCAAAGUGUCCAAAAUUUUGCCAAACAAUUCUUGUCACUUGAUUUACCUUUGCAUAUAUUGAUCCUAAAUGCCGGCAUAAUGUCGUUACCCCAUUCAUUAACAGUUGAUGGAUAUGAGACAACAUUUCAAACAAAUCAUUUGUCGCACUUUUAUUUGACUAAAUUAUUGCAACAAAAAUUGAUUGACUCGCGACCGGCACGGGUUGUUGUCCUGUCAUCAGAGAGCCAUAGAUUCAGUACAAUAAAUAUUGAAACAAUUAGCGAGGACUGGAUCUCACCGCCAACUUCACGCAACUUUGUCUCAAUGAUGGCAUACAAUGAUACAAAAUUAUGUAACGUUUUAUUUUCAAAUGAAUUGAAUUACCGACUCUCGAUAUACGGGGUAACAUCCAAUGCCUGCCAUCCGGGAAAUAUGAUUAACACAGAUCUGUCCCGCAAUUGGUGGUUAAUGAGACUACUCUUUGCAUUUGUGCGACCAUUUACUAAAUCGUUGGGACAGGGAGCUUCCACUACGGUAUACUGUUCCACAGCACCCGAACUGGAAGGAGUCGGUGGUCUGUAUUUCAAUAACUGUUUUCGUUGUGAAGCCUCCAAAACGGCCCAUAAUAACGAUCUGAGCGCUAAACUGUGGCUUUUGAGCGAAAAAAUGAUUGAAAACGCUAUCAAACGAUUUGAAUCUCAAUAAUAAUAAUUGAUUGAUUGAUGGAUUAUUGUAUUUUUGUUUUGUAAAUCUUAUCCGAGAUUAACAUUUAUUAC